AUGGCAUCCUCACUACGAUCGUCAACGCCUUCAAGUCUUGCGCUUCGAGCGCUCACAAGACAUGAUGCUGGUCACGCUCGCAGCAUCAGCACCAAGUUUACCCCAACCGCAGCAGCAGCAUCGUCAUCGGCCUUGUCUACACCACGAGUGCACGCCCGCGGCUAUGCAUCUCCGUCGUCUCCAGCUGCCAUGGCCACACCAGUCGAGGUCGCUCAACCUGAUGUGCGUGCCGGCGUCGGCAGCAAGAUGGGUUCCGGCAAGAAUUUGCUCAACGACAUCAUCGCCGCUUCCCCCAAGCAUUCGACAACUAACCGACCUAUCUACCUCGAUGCUCAGUCCACGACACCGGUCGACCCUCGUGUGGUCGACAAAAUGAUGCCCUACAUGACUAACCAGUACGGUAAUCCGCAUUCCAGGACACACGCUUAUGGUUGGGAGUCCGAGAAGGGCGUAGAGGAGGGACGAGAGCACAUUGCCAGCCUCAUCGGUGCCGACCCCAAGGAGAUCAUCUUCACUUCGGGCGCCACCGAGUCGAACAACAUGGCUAUCAAGGGUGUCGCCCACUUCUACAAGUCCAAGAAGAACCACAUUAUCACCACUCAGACUGAGCACAAGUGUGUACUUGACUCAUGCCGUCGUCUUCAGGAGGAAGGAUUCGAGGUAACAUAUUUGCCUGUCCAGUCCAAUGGUUUGAUCGAUCUCAAGCAGCUCGAGCAGGCACUUCGACCCACAACCGCACUCGUCUCAAUCAUGACGGUCAACAACGAGAUCGGUGUCAUCCAGCCCAUCAAGGAGAUCGGUCAUUUGCUCAAGACCAAGGGUGCCCAGCUCGCCAAACAGAGCGGCCGUGGCGCAUCCAAGCCUUUCUUCCACACCGAUGCCGCACAGGCAGCCGGUAAGAUUCCUCUCGACGUCAACGAGCUUGGUGUCGAUCUCAUGAGUUUGUCGAGUCACAAGCUGUACGGUCCCAUGGGUAUCGGUGCCUGCUACAUCCGACGACGUCCACGUGUCCGUCUCGAGCCCAUCAUCAACGGUGGUGGGCAGGAGCGUGGUCUUAGAUCAGGUACUCUGGCACCUCAGCUCAUCGCUGGAUUCGGUGAGGCAGCUCGUCUUGCCAACCAGGAGCUCGCUUACGAUCAUGCACACAUUAAGAAGCUCUCGGAGCGAUUGCGAAACACGCUCGAGGCCAACAUCACCCACGUCCUCUUCAACGGUGACCAGAGCGGAUACCCGGGUUGCUUGAACUUGACCUUCCAGUACGUUGAGGGCGAGUCGUUGCUUAUGGCUCUUAAGGACAUCUGCUUGUCGUCUGGUUCCGCAUGCACAUCGGCAUCGCUCGAGCCUUCGUACGUGCUUCGUGCGCUUGGAUUGGAUGACGAGAACGCACACUCGUCGCUUCGAUUCGGUAUCGGCAGGUUCACCACGGAGGAGGAGGUCGACUACGUUGCCGACAAGAUCAUCAAGGUUGUCAACAAGUUGCGUGACAUGAGUCCACUGUGGGAGAUGGUUCAAGAGGGGAUUGACCUCAAGACCAUCGAAUGGUCCGGAUAA